AUGAACUUGGUUACAACAAUUAUCUUAAUUACAACCGCUCUCUCAAUUAUUUUAGCCAUUGUAUCUUUCUGACUCCCCCAAAUAAGCCCCGACUAUGAGAAAUUAUCUCCAUACGAGUGCGGCUUCGACCCCUUAGGAUCUGCUCGAUUACCUUUCUCCCUCCGCUUCUUUCUUGUAGCAAUUCUCUUCCUCCUAUUUGAUCUAGAAAUUGCUCUUCUCCUCCCCCUUCCCUGAGGAGACCAACUCUCCUCCCCCCUCCUCACCUUCCUAUGAGCUUCAACUGUCCUAAUUCUUCUCACUCUAGGACUCAUCUACGAAUGACUUCAAGGAGGGCUCGAAUGAGCUGAAU